AUGGGUUGGAAAUCUGACCAACCAUUGUCUUUGUCAUCUCCGGCGGUCCUUGGUGCCAACGGCUUCGUUGGCUUGCAUAUCGUCAAACAGCUGCUGGAAGGCGGUUGUAUCGUCCGCGGCACGGUCCGCUCAGCCUCUAAGGGCGAGUGGAUCAAGAAUAAGUUCUCGGCCCAUGCCGACCAUAUCGAGUACGCCAUCGUCGAGGAUAUAACCAAGGCAGGCGCGUUCGACGAAGCGAUUAAAGGCGUCGACGCGGUUGUGCACGCUGCUUCUCCUGUUCCGGAUAAUCUUGACGGCACGCAGAUCUACGUCCCGGCUGUCAAAGGUGCGGAAUCGAUCUUCAACAGCCUCGAGAAGAGCACUACGGUUAAGCGUGUCGUUCUUACUUCUUCGUUCGUCGCGAUGAUGGAGCCCCAUGAGCAUGGUUUCACUUAUGAUGAAACGAUCUGGAACGAUAAUGCUACUAAGAUGGUGAAGGAGAACCCAAAGGGCCCAAAGGGACUCCCGGGUGCGACGUACUACCUCGCAGCCAAGACGGAUGCCGAACGCAUCGCCUGGAACUUCUACAACGCGCACAAGGGGAAACUCAACUGGGACCUCAUCUUCGGCCCUAUCCUUCAGGACGAGCCCAACUUCUCGAACAGCCUCGUCUACAGGAACGCUUUGCUCGAGAAGGCGGGGAAUCUUGCUAACGACCAUGCCGGGUUCUGGAUCGACGUGCGGGACGUUGCGAAGGCCCAUAUGCUCAGUCUUCAGAAGGACAAGGCUGGCGGAGAGAGGAUCUUCAUCGCUGGAGGCCCUUAUAGGUGGCAAGAUCUUCGCGACGAGCUGUCGAAGCGUAACAUCCCUGGCGUGCUCACUGAGCGAGUUCCGGGUGAGGACAAGUACGACAUCGCGGACCUAAGCAAGUCGGCCGAUAUCCUUGGGAUGACCUACCGCUCGCUUGGAGACACCCUCGUUGACAGCGUGAGCGCGUACAAGAAGUCGCAAGAGAAGAAGUAA